GCAAAAAGACAACUAAAUCUGAGGCUAUUCAACUCCGAAGGAGAUGACUUCAGUGGUUUCAGUGCACAGGACGAGGAAGAUAGUGACCAAUGACUUUCUUGGACUUUUGCAGUGGAAACAUGAAAAAUCAACACUUUUAUUUAAUCUGGGAGUUCAGACGAAUAUGAACUGUGGGAGUUUAAAUGUUCUGUAGUUUCAUCCCUAAACCAUAGACGUGAUUUCUACAGAUAGAAGUUGGAUACUACAGAACAACAAUCCAACUCACAAAACGAACGGAAAGACAAACAAGCAGCGAAAUGACCGAGCUCCUCGUCAUUAAACCUGAAAGAGUUGAUGAGAGGAAACCGCUAACUACCAGCGAGAACUUCCUAGAACUUCAGAGGUCUGAUGGAGAUCACACAGAACCCAGAACCCUGCAAUGGCACGAGGAUCGAGGACCAGACCACCGCUCACCUGAAGGACAGACGUCCAGCCAGGAGCAAGUGAGUGGAACGGAGAGUUCCAGAGAGAUGGAGAGAGGAGAGCACUGGAUGGACAUGGAGGAGAAGAAGAGUGAUGAUGAAAGAGGAGAUCAGGACAGUGGAGACGGCUCAUUGGCUGAUGAUGAGGAAGAGGAUGAUGAUGAUGAAAUCGGUUGCGAUAGGGUACGUGCGCACUGGAUGCCAGAGAAAGCCGGACAGCUCUUCACUCCAAACAUAAUGAUAGUGCAGCCGACCUGCCAUCAGCAGGACCUGAAUGAAAGCAGUGUGAUCAAAGAGGAGAUACAGAUGGAGAAAGCUCCUCUAUACACGCAAAACUUUCACAUGAGCCAACCAAAACACUUUCACCCACAGUGGAUAGAAGACAUUGAAAAACCCAAAGACAGUUGCUGUGGAGAGAUUGUAAGAGUGUGUGUGUUUAUUACGGCUGCAGCAGUUAUUUUCCCGUUACUAACGUGGGGCGGGUACGAGCUCCUGCCCUUUAAAAUCCCUCUUCUCGACAGAACCCCCUUCAGGCUGGUCUACACUCUACGCUGUGCUUUUUUCGCCACCAUUCCAAUAGUGCUGGGGGUGUUGGUUCAGGGUGCGUCCCGUCUGAGGUUUGGGACCCUGAAGCCGCUGUUUGUUGGGACGUGGGAGAUUCGUCAGGUGGCCGUUCACAGUCACUACGUCAGAGAGUCCCUCCACCUGUACCUGCUGUAUUUCAUGCAGCUCGCUGUCAUGGCGACCUACAUCCAACAGGAGAUGCUCAAACUGGUGCCGCUCCUCACCAUCAUCUUUGUGAUUGGCCGACUGAUUUACUGGGUGUGUGUUGUUUAUGGCAGCAGCGUACGAGCGCUGGGUUUCGGCCUCUCCUUCUUACCCCUGCUUGCCCUUCUGGGGGCAAACCUUUACUUCAUUGGCUCAGUGGGCGGAGCAGAGGUGGUGUUUGAUGUGGCCCCUCCCACUACACCCCCACCCCCAAAGCUGAGAUGGUGGGGGUGAAACUGAAGAACAACAGAGAUCCGAGUGUCAUGUUUCGAGUUGUUUGCUUUGCUGUUGUCCACGAUGGCGAGACGUUCACAUAAUAAACAAUGAAAAGUUUGAAUCAUCUAGAAGGAAUUCUCGCCUGCACUGAGAGCGAUGAUGAGACUGAUCAGUUUAACUUGUGACUCAUAUUGGGGGAAUCUCAGGGAAUCUGCCAGCACAAGAUCUUCAGAAGUUAUUUUACAUUGUUAUACAGAUAGUUAUGAAUCUUACAGACAUGCUGUUUGUUUACUAUUGUUGUUGUUGUUGUUGUCAUGCUGUCAAUAUAAUGUUUGAAUGUUUCCUCAUGUUUGUGAAAAUACAGUUUAUUAAAUGAAGUUGAUCAUCAAUGUCUAGACUUAAUCUG